GCGUCGGCCAUGUGGGUCGGAAGUGGCUGGGAAGGGACUGGGGGUGUUGAAUUUGGAUUUUGGAGGGGUCACUGGUGGACGGAAUGACCGGGUACACGGACUUGAUGUCAAUGGAGGAUCAGGACGCCAGGGUUCCAGCUCUGGAACCAUUCAGGGUGGAGCAGGCACCACCUGUAAUCUACUAUGUCCCUGACUUCAUCUGCAAGGAAGAGGAGGAGUAUUUGCUUCGACAGGUCUUCAAUGCCCCAAAACCAAAGUGGACCCAGCUCUCCGGGAGGAAGUUACAGAACUGGGCACCCCAUUCCCCCCCCCCAGGUGGACUCCCCCAUCCCCGGGGGAUGGUUCCUGAGCGGCUGCCACCGUGGCUGCAGCGUUACGUGGACAAAGUGUCUGACCUCAGCCUUUUUGGGGGUCUCCCAGCCAACCAUGUCCUUGUGAACCAGUAUCUGCCUGGGGAGGGCAUCAUGCCCCACGAGGAUGGGCCACUGUACUACCCGACUGUCAGCACCAUCAGCUUGGGCUCCCACACCAUGCUGGACUUCUACGAGCCUCGGCAGCCAGAGGAUGAUGACCCGACAGAGCAGCCCCGGCCCCCGCCCCGGCCGGCCACCUCGCUGUUGCUUGAACCGCGCAGCCUGCUGGUGCUUCGUGGCACCGCCUACACGCGCCUCCUCCACGGCAUCGCAGCCGCCAGCGUAGACGCGCUGGACGCCGCCUCACUGCCGCGCAACGCAGCCGCCUGCCCCUCGGCGCAGGCUGGAGCCCGCCUGGUCCGCGGCACCCGCGUCUCGCUGACCAUCCGCCGCGUACCCCGCGUGCUGCGCGCUGGCCUCCUGCUCAGCAAGUGACGCCAGGACCCAGGACCCGCUCGGAUUCCCGAGCUCUCGCCUGCUCUGGACUGCUGGCGCCCUGUGGGCAGAGGCGAUUCCCCCCCGGGUUAUUUUCCCAGUACCUGUGAGGGAACCACAGGAAAAGGCCCCAUUCCAAAUAAACCACCAACAAAACAAUCUUACUCUGGUUUUGGACAUUUGGGGGUGGGGGCCCAGAUGUUUGGGUUCCUGAAGGGCGCUGCGUCCGGGACCUUAGAUGGAUGGUGUGGGCUCCCGGGGUCAGAUGUUUGGGUCACAGCGUGGGGAAGAAUCCAGGGCUCUUGAGGGGCAGGGCUAUAUCUGGAAACCCCUUAGAUGGGUGAGGUGAGCUUGGGAGGUUCAGCUACUGGUCCGCUAGGGAGGAAGGAGUUAAGUGGUGCUACUGUCACCUGAGCUGGGCAUCAAGUUACCUGGGUCCAGGUUCCUCCUGGAAAGAGGUGGAGCUGAGCCUGGCCCUGGGCUUCUGGCUGCCUCAGGCCUGGGUGAGUCCAACUGAGGAAGUCUGGGAGGAUAGGAAAAGGGCUCCUACUGGGGAU